AAAUGAUCAGGGGCUCGACCCGAAUCUCGAUACCUUGUUUUUAAAUUACAUAAUUACAGAGACACAAAAGCUGUAAUUUCAAUUAUGACAAUUACAAAUGCUUGUUUGGAAAAUGUGCCUAACUGUUACACAUAUAAGGACAUUAGUGACUUUUAGUCAAUCUGCGAAUUUAGACCUUUAUCAAUGCCGUCUUCGCUAGGCGUCCUACUAUACGCCGUCAGUGCCCGCCCUCGCAGUUCAUGAUGUGGACGCGACCGAUCCUGAGUCUCCUUUGGGCUGCGACAGAAAUAUUCUUGGCACUAGCUGACGUUGAACCAUAUUAUGCAUCCGAAGAUUAUGAACAGGGUAGUUUCGGGGAAUGGCCUCAACAGUCAUACAAAUCCUCAUCAGUGAUAGGGCCUGUGUUGAAUUAUCAUCGAAGUGAGAAAUGCAAUGGAGAUGGGAAGUAUAUCAUGAUUACGCCGCGGGGGAAUAGCGUGCCUACAUGGGGCCCCAUGAUCCUCGAUGGACACGGAAAUCUGGUCUGGACGAAACGAUAUGGCCCAACGUUUGGCCUGAACGUUCAGAAGUACAGAGGAGAGAACUAUCUCACAUUCUGGGUGGGGGAUGAUCAGGCCGGUCACGGUAGUGGCAACUAUUACAUGUUGGAUUCCGCGUAUCAGGAGGCGUACAAAAUUAGUGCUGGCAACGGGAGAGCUGCCGACCUCCAUGAUUUUAUCAUUACCAGUGAAGGAACGGCAGUGUUAACCCUGUAUGAUGUGUUGCCAAACAUUGAUCUCUCUUCGGUUGGUGGGCCGGAGAGAGGAUAUCUGUUGGACUGCGGAUUUCAAGAAAUUGAUAUCGAAACUGGCCAAGUGAUUUUCGAAUGGUGGGCAUCAACCUAUUUUAGUUAUGACGAGGCAUAUCGAGGUGUCGAAGGCCAAGGUCAAGAAGAGAAGACAGCGUGGGAUUUUUUCCACAUCAACAGUGUCGACAAAGACUCAGUUGGCAAUUAUCUAAUUUCUUCAAGAUAUAUGCACUGUCUUGCAUAUAUAAAUGGUAAAUCCGGAGAUAUUAUAUGGAAGCUUGGUGGGAAGCAUAAUAUGUUUCUCGACAUGGUUGGAGGUGCCACGAACAUUAGCUGGCAGCAUGAUGCACACUUUCAUAAUAAUGGUAAAUCUAUAACGCUCUUCGAUAAUGCCUCCCGUGGUAUCGAUGGAUUCUCACCUGCCCCAGAUGAUCCUCCCAGUCGUGGGUUGUAUCUUGAUCUGGAAACGGAGAAUCUGACUGCGAAAGUACGGCAUACUUACUGGAACCCCCGAGGAAUUACGAGCAUCUCACAAGGAUCCCUUCAAAUUCUUGACGGAGAUGAUCGCGUGAUAGUUGGUUACGGCAUCACUCCUGCUUGGACUGAAUACACGAUUGAUGGAGAGGUCCUGUGUGAUGUACACUUUGGCACCGAGUUAGGCGUUCCUACCCGAAAUGCUAUUUCCUAUCGCACCUCUAAAUAUGCCUGGGUCGGACGACCUGAAACGACCCCGGAUAUGGCGAUUGAUGGGAACCAGGUAUAUGUUAGUUGGAAUGGUGCAACAGAAGUUGCAACAUGGAUCAUUGAAGGAACUAGGUCUACGAGUGAAAAUUGUCGUGGGGUUUGUCGGGAGAAUUAUCAUAUUUUAAGCUCUCGGCCAAAGACCGGAUUUGAAACCGUCAUUGAAAUCCCCGAUCAUAGUUCUUAUCGGUUCCUUCGUGCGCGUGGCCUUGAUAGGACUGGGUAUCUGCUAGGCUUCACAGAGACCAUUGAAUUGGGAAACACUACUGAAUCCAGGCAGAUUGCGAGUUACCUGCGUAAUCCGACUGAUUGGCUCUUAUUUUCUAUAGCACCAGCUAUCGUGUCUAUAACUCUUCUGGCGGUGACAGCAACUUUUAUAAUAAGAAAGAAAACGAGCCAAAAUGGUCGACCUUGGGAGAAUGAAGAAAUCGAAAUAAUCGGGUUGUUAAAGGCUGAACGUUCACUUGAAUGA